CAGUUCGGAAGGUUUUGCCAGGCUUGACGUUCACCAUGUCACAAAGGGGUUACGCCAGCAAUGCGCCUUCAGGGAAACCGAAAACGACACAGCUCAAAGAAAUGUUGAAUUCCUCCGAAUUAGAGUUUAUUAUGGAAGCCCAUAAUGGCCUAAGUGCCCGGAUUGUCCAGGAGGCAGGUUUCAAAGGUAUCUGGGGGAGUGGCUUGUCGAUCUCAGCUCAGAUGGGUGUCAGGGACAGCAAUGAAGCCUCGUGGACGCAAGUCGUUGACGUCAUGGAGUUCAUGAGUGACGUCACAGAUAUCCCCAUUCUGCUAGAUGCUGACACUGGAUACGGAAACUUCAACAACGCCAGGCGGUUAGUCCGCAAACUGGAACAGCGGAAUGUUGCCGGUGCGUGUUUAGAAGAUAAACUGUUCCCCAAAACAAACUCCCUCCACGACGGUCGUGCACAGCCCUUAGCAGAUAUUGAUGAAUUUUCCUUGAAAAUAAAGGCGUGCAAGGACUCGCAGACAGACCCUGACUUCUGUAUCGUCGCUCGUGUGGAGGCCUUCAUCGCUGGCUGGGGCCUAGAGGAAGCACUGAGGAGGGCUGAAGCUUACAGAAACGCUGGAGCUGACGCCAUUUUAAUGCAUAGUAAAAGAAGUGAUCCCAAAGAAAUCGAAGAAUUCAUGAAGGCGUGGAAUAACCAGGGACCAGUCGUCAUUGUUCCCACGAAGUAUUAUACCACACCUACCCAGGACUUCCGGGACAUGGGCAUCUCCAUGGUGAUAUGGGCCAAUCACAACAUCCGCGCCAGCAUUGCCGCCAUUCAAGGCACGACGGCGCAGAUCUUCAAAGAUCAGAGUUUGCUGAAUGUGGAGGGAAAGAUUGCUACAGUAAAGGAGAUCUUCCGUCUGCAGAGAGACCACGAGCUGGUAGAGGCCGAGAAAAAGUAUCUACCGGAAACCAAAUCUUAGCAAUGGCGGACUUGGUUACCUCUAGUGCACACAUACAUCAAAAAGAAUUCCACCUUAUUUCACAGUUAAACAAAAAAACUUUCUACCACAUGAACUAAGCUUUAAAAUGAGACGAGAAACUUUCAUGACAAAUGAUACGUCAUUAUCUGCAAUUAUAAAUGAUCUUUUUAUUACCACUGCUGCCUUGUAUCCAUACCUUACAUGAAAGAAAACAAAGGAAAUCCUUUAUAUCUA